GUUUGACAGUGACAGCAUGAUGACAGCUUCGGCUUCACCACCGAUCACCGAUACCUACUGAGGCAUUUUAAUAGUUCAACCUUCCCAAGUUUGUGCUUUUACGUUUUCGUUAUCAUGUGGACUCAGAAAAGUACGCUUGCACUUAUUAAAGACAUUCGCCUCAAUCCAUGUUUGUGGAAUAUAAACUGUGAAGACUACAAAAGCCGAACGAAAAGAGUUACCGCUUACAAAGCUUUAGGUGCCAAAUACGGCAUUAAUGGGAAAGAGAUUGAACAAAAAUUUCAUGCGUUGAAAAAUCAGUUUCGCAGAGAACAUAGGAGGCUCGAGAAACAGGAGGAAGGCUUGUCUCCUAAGCAAAUACAUUGGUUCGGAUAUGAACCCCUAUUGUUCUUGCUUAAUAACUGUGUAAAGCCUAGUCAAGACAAAUGUACCACUGAACAGGAUUUGGAGGAUUCGCAUAUUAAACAGGAGACAUCACUGCAAUUUGGAGAUGAAAACACAGAAUAUGAAGGGUAUGAAGUUUUAGAGAUUGAAACUGAGGCACCUAAACAAUCCCAACCAAUAACAUUUACGGCCACCAGAAGGAAAAACAAUGAAACUGGUGCUGCAACAGCAACAGAGGCGUUUAAGUGUAUGAGGACUUUAGCUGAGAAAAUUUGUUCGAGAGAUGAGUUUGAUAUUUACGGAGAAUACAUUGCUUAUAAGUUAAGGGAAAGUGGACGAUCUAAUAAAGAAAUAUCGAUAGCACAGCAUGAAAUAAAUACAAUUUGCUUUAAGUUGUGUAUGGGAGAGUUUGCACAAAAUAUUGAGCAUUCAUUACCAGGCUCCGUCCAUUCAAAUCCUGAGACUGAGGAUGUUGAGUUGCGGUAUGUGCAGUAUGUUGAUGGUGACCUGCAGGUAGAUCCUAGUUAAAUAUACUAUGAGGACCAGUAGGAGCAAGGUUAAUAUGUGACAUACCUUAAAAUGAAAAUUAGGUGUUAUUUAGAGACUAUUUUGAAUAAAAUUUAUUUUGAAACAAAUAUUAUGUAGUUUGUAUUGUGUAGAUUAAAAAAACUGCAACACUAGGUUCCAACUUAAUAAUCCUGUAUUUUAUAUUAUUAGAAGUUAAAAAUAUUCUGUAGUUUGUAUUGCCUAGAUUAAAAAAAAAACUUACACUAGGUUCCAACUUAAUAAUCCUGUAUUUAAUAUUAUUGAAGUUAAAUCUCUUUUUUUGUAUAUAUUUACGAAACCAUUCAUUGACAAUUAGAAUACCUAGUCUCCUACUCCUUUACUAUUAAAGACAAGUGAAUAAUAUAGUUUGUCAAUCUCCACAUGUGGCUACAAGAUUUGUCAUCUUAUUAUUCUUGUCUCACGCGCGCGCAUAGGUGAGAAUGAGAUGGCCUGGGAUGGGUAUAUUACUUGACAUCAGUGUUGGGCAUUCAAGAAAAAAGAAAAUUUUUUUGAAUAAGAGAUCGUAGGAAUAAAACCAUCUUGAUUUCAUCCCGUCAAAAUUAUUAAAAUAAUUUUGGUCGGGAAUAAUACGUGUGAGAAACAAUUUAAUGAGAAUAACUUAUUUUUAUUCAAAUAAAUAUAAUCAUGAUUUUUUACUCUAAAUAAUAUUCCACGAAUAAAAAUGUAGUCUGGGUACCGUAUAGGUAGAGGUAACAAGGUAGAGGUCUCUUGUCUAAUUCAUACUACUUUUAUGUAAUAAAAUCUUACAAAUUGUU